UGCCCGAAAUCCGCCGCGAUGAUGAAGCUCUGGGCAGCGCUGCUGCUGGCCGGGCUCGUGGGCAGCCUGGCCACUGCCCGCCCCGUGGAGAAGUUGGAUUUCGAGGGGCUCCUGACGGAGCUCGGCAACCUGCUGGACCCCGAUGAGGGACCCCAGGAGCUGGAGGACCCCAAGGAGAAACCUCAGGAGCUGCUGGGGCUCCUGGACCCCGAUGAGGGACCCCAGGAGCUGGAGGACCCCAAUGAGGAACCCCAGGAGCUGCUGGGGCUCCUGGACCCCGAUGAGGAACCCCUGAGGCUGCUGGACCCCAACGAGGAACCCCAGGAGCUGGAGGAUCCCGAAGUGAGCGCCGCAGAGCCCGAGGAUUCUGAAGAGAGCCCGGAGGAGUCUGAGGAUCCCGAAGCAAACCCUGAGGAUUCUGAAGAGAGCCCUGAGGAGUCGGAAGACCCUGAAGCAAGCCCUGAGGAAUCCAAGGAUCCCGAAGAGAGCCCUGAAGAGCCCGAGGAUCCCGAAGCAAACCCUGAAGAGCCUGAGGAUUCUGAAGAGAGCCCAGAGGAAUCUGAGGAUCUCGAAGAGAAACCUGAGGAAUCCGAGGAUCCUGAAGAGAGCCUGGAGAAUUCUGAGAAUCCUGAAGAAAGCCUGGAGGAGUCCGAGGAUCCCGAAGAGAGCCCUGAAGAGCCCGAGGAUUCUGAAGAGAGUCCUGAGGAGUCAGAAGAUCCCGAAGCAAGCCCUGAGGAGUCCGAGGAUCCUGAAGAGAGCCUGGAGGAGUCUGAAGAGAGCCCUGAAGAGCCCGAGGAUCCCAAAGAGAGCCCUGAAGAGCUCGAGGAUCCUGAAGCAAACCCUGAAGAGCCCGAAGAUCCUGAAGAGAGCCCAGAGGAAUCUGAGGAUCCUGAAGAGAGCCCAGAGGAAUCCGAGGAUCCUGAAGCAAACCCUGAAGAGCCUGAGGAUUCUGAAGAGAGCCCAGAGGAAUCUGAGGAUCCUGAAGAGAGCCCUGAAGAGCCCGAGGAUCCUGAAGAGAGCCCUGAAGAGCCCGAGGAUCCUGAAGCAAACCCUGAGGAGUCUGAGGAUCCUGAAGAAAGCCCUGAAGAGCUCGAGGAUCCUGAAGCAAACCCUGAAGAGCCUGAGGAUUCUGAAGAGAGCCCUGAGGAAUCCGAGGAUCCUGAAGAGAGCCCAGAGGAAUCCGAGGAUGCUGAAGCAAACCCUGAAGAGCCUGAGGAUCCUGAAGAGAGCCCAGAGGAAUCCGAGGAUCCCGAAGAGAGCCCUGAAGAGCCCGAGGAUGCUGAAGCAAACCCUGAAGAGCCCGAGGAUUCUGAAGAGAGCCCAGAGGAAUCCGAGGAUCCCGAAGAGAGCCCUGAAGAGCCCGAGGAUGCUGAAGCAAACCCUGAAGAGCCCGAGGAUUCUGAAGAGAGCCCAGAGGAAUCCGAGGAUCCCGAAGAGAGCCCUGAAGAGCCCGAGGAUACUGAAGCAAACCCUGAAGAGCCCGAGGAUUCUGAAGAGAGCCCAGAGGAGUCUGAAGAUCCUGAAGAAAACCUGGAGGAGUCUGAAGAGAGCCCAGAGAAGUCCGAGGAUCCCGAAGAGGGCCCUGAGGAGAUGGAGGAGCUCAACUUGGAUCCGAAUGUCCUGGUGGAACUGGCAGAAAAACUGAAAGAGGCGCAGGAAGCCGAGAAGAACGAGGGGGUCCUGUCUCAUCUGAUGGACGCGAUUAACUGGCUGGUGACCCACCUGAGCAACCACAUCUUCGGGUGAGCGGUGAGCGCCGUGAGCACCGUGAGCGCUCCCCCCAGGGCCGGGGGACGGAUCCCGCUGCCCCCGCUGAGCUCCCGGCUCGUCCCGCGGCUUUCCCCGCUCCAGACCCCCCCCCAGCCCGCCCCGCACAUCCCAAAUAA